AUCUAUCCACAAGAUGUUUAUUGUGCAGAGCACGUACGCGAAUAGAAUGAGGAGAUAAAUAAAAAAAAAAAUCUCCAAGUACUUGACGUGCAGCAUGAGAAACUCGUUUAGUGUCUGCCAGUAUUCUGCCGUUAGUGGUUCGAUUGGGGAGUAGUUGGCGAUUUGUUAUCGAUUGGAAAUUGACCGGUCGAGGUGAUAAGGUGAAAGCAGGUCUAAAAUGAUAACAAUCAAUGAGGAUCUCAAGCGAGAGAGGGAUAAUUGUACUUUUGAUCCAACGGAGCUGACCCAGACGCUAGAUGGGGGUCCAGAGAAAACUGCAGCUCGCAGGGAAAGAGAGGAAUAUUUUCUGAAUGAUCCUGAACUUCAAGACGAAGUGCCAGCGACGUACAAAAGCCAUAAAGAGGUGUACGAAGAUGCUGUUAGGAGGGCAUGUAUUCUCUUGAAAAAAGUACAGCAGCUCCAAGAUUUGGGAAAGGGGGAGAUCGAUAUGUACUCACAAGUGCUGGGGGGAAUGCUGGGCUCUGGAAUUUGCAAGGACGGUAAUCCAUUGGCUCUUCAUUACGUCAUGUUUAUACCCGCUAUCAUGGGACAGGGUACCGUUGAACAACAAGGAUACUGGAUUUCUCGAGCAUGGGCUUGCAAUAUUAUCGGAACUUAUGCACAGACAGAACUUGGACAUGGAACAUUCAUUAGGGGAUUGGAAACCACCGCUGUUUAUGACUUGGAGACUAAAGAAUUUGUUCUCAAUAGUCCAACUAGGACGUCUUACAAAUGGUGGCCUGGUGGACUGGGACAAACAGCUAAUUAUGCUGUUGUUGUGGCUCAACUUCAUACUCAAGGAGAGUGCAGAGGAAUUCAUCCUUUCAUUGUUCAAUUGAGGGACGAAGAGACCCACGAGCCAAUGCCAGGGAUUAAAAUCGGUGAAAUUGGAACGAAAUUAGGAAUGAAUGGGACAAACAAUGGAUUUCUCGGUUUCGAAAAUGUCAGAAUUCCUCGUGAACAGAUGUUAAUGAAGAAUUCCCAAGUCCUCGAGGACGGUACAUAUGUUAAACCCAAGACUGAUAAACUCACUUAUGGAACUAUGAUGUUCGUUAGAGUUGUAUUGGUAACGGAUAUUGCAAGAUAUUUAUCCAAAGCGGUCACUAUUGCCGUUAGAUACAGUGCUGUCAGACGUCAGAGUCAGAUAAGAACAGAUCAACCCGAGUGUCAAAUUAUCGACUUCGUUACACAACAGUAUAAAUUAUUUCCACAUUUGGCUGCAUGCCUGUCUUUUUCGCUGUCAGCUGAAUGGAUAUGGCAGAUGUAUAAUAGUGUAUCCGCUGAAUUACAUCAGGGGGAGUUGGAAAGGCUUCCUGAGUUGCACGCCCUAGCAUGCUGCCUAAAAGCAGUGGCCUCAUCAGACGCAGCCAAUGGUGUGGAACAGCUUCGAUUGGCGUGUGGUGGUCACGGCUACAUGACAGCAAGUAAUUUACCAGCGACUUAUGGCCUGGUAACAGCAGUCUGUACUUAUGAGGGUGAAAACACCGUAUUAUUACUGCAAACUGCUCGCUACCUGGUGAAAGCCUGGAGGCAGGCAGUCAGUGGUAAUUCCCUGACCCCGACAGUGGAGUAUCUCUCUUUAUUAUCCAGAGGAAGUAAACAGAGGCCCUGGAAGAAUACCCUGACGUGCAUUGUAACGGCACAUCAGGCUGUCGCAGCUGGAAAGAUAAAGCUUGCAACUGAUAAUAUGGACAGAAGGAUGAGGGCGGGAGAGUGCCCUGAGGAUGCCUGGAAUCACACGAGCAUUGAAUUGGCUCAGGCUGCUGAGGCACACUGUCGGGUCUUCAUGGUCUCGAGGUUCGUCGAGUGGACAAAAUCCAGGGAAAAUAUCUCCAAGGAGCUGUUGGAUGUUCUCAAACAACUCUGCGAACUUUAUGCCGUCUACUGGGUACUCCAACGAGUUGGGGAUUUCCUCAGGUUCUCCUGCCUCAGGGCUGAGGACGUGCCAGCACUGGAGAAACGCAUUCAGGAGCUUCUUGGAGAUAUCAGAGUCAAUGCUGUGGGCAUUGUCGAUGGAUUUGACAUUAGCGAUGAAGUUCUUGGCUCUGCACUCGGUGCUUAUGAUGGAAAUGUCUAUGAGAGACUGUACAAGGAGGCCAUGAAGAGUCCACUCAAUCAGGAGACUGUUAAUAAGUCUUUUCAUCUGUACUUGAAACCUCUACUCAAGAGCAAUCUUUAGGGAAUUUCAUGGCAAUUGGGAUGAGGGUAGAUAUAUCGAUCUAUUUUUCAAGUAUUUCAGUGCAGUUUAAUCCUCGUUCUUGCCAAAUUUUACAAUUUAUCAAGUUCUCUGGAGCCAGGAGAUGUUCCUUGGUGGGAUCUCGAUGGAAAAUACUUCGUACUGCAUUCCAGAUUUCAGUGCAAUUAAUCAUUGUGCCUUUGUAAUUUUCCUGGGUGAAAUUAUAUUUUUGAUUGAAAAUUUUUUAAUAGUGUUUGGGUACUCUACGAAUGCUCAGAUGGAGUUUGAGGCGAAGGAACUGACUGGUGAUUCAUGAUAUUAAAAUUUAGUAUCGUUAAGGAGAGGAGAGAGAAGUCUACGAUAUUGUUGAUGAGAGGAUAUAUUUUGAAUAAAAUUAUGCUUUAAUCUUAG